AUGAUGAAGAUGAAGCUGAGGAGCAGGGAAGAUGGAGAAGGAGGAGACCCACGACCCUCGAAAACCCUUCUAGAUGGCGGCAACAUUGUCAAAUGGUGGAAGCAUAAAAUUCUCGGCGGCUACAAACAAUUCUCAGUCCAGGAAUGCACCACAGACUCCGAGGAGCUGAUGUACCACCAGGUGCGCGCCUCCUCCUCCUGCAGUGCCCCGCCCGACCUGCUGUUGGUCAGCGAACGUGACAAUAAUAUACAACUGCGAUCGCCCGUGGUAAAUAUAAUCACAACGCCGCCGGGCAAUGCCUCCGGUUCGGCAUCGAAGCAUCAUCAUAACCAGCAUCAUAACACGCAUCCGCACCACAACCACAACUCGAACGCCGGCCGUCAUCCACAGUCGGGGAAUCCAUCACAUCCGCAGGAUGUGAGCAGCGGCGGUGGCAGCCAUAGUAAACACCUGCGCAUCAGCAGUGGCAGCAAUGGCCGCCACGGCAAGUACUCGAAUAUGCAACAGGCGGUGCAGGACGAGGAUGUGGUGGAUGCUGCAGCGGCAAUGACGCCGCAGCAGCAGCAGCAGCAACAUGUCGGUCAUACCACACACUCUAGGCAUUUGCACCAUCACAAGGAGGAGCGCAUACGAUUGGAGGAAUUCACCUGUGACGUGUCCGUGGAGGGUGGCAAGUCAUCACAGCCACUGCAAUUCUCGUUCACAUUCUACGACCUGGAUGGCCACCAUGGCAAGAUAACAAAGGACGACAUUGUGGGCAUUGUGUACACCAUAUACGAGUCCAUUGGCAAGAGCGUGGUGGUGCCCCAUUGCGGCAGCAAGACAAUCAACGUCCGCCUCACCGUCAGUCCCGAGGGGAAAUCGAAAGCGCAGCCAGUGCCCAAUGUUGGUGUCGGUGCCGGAUUCGGUUCCAGCAAGCUGAAGAAAUUGCCCACGGGUCUGGCGGCCAUGUCGAAAACAGUGACGGGCACAGGAGGAGGAAGUGCCGGAGCAGGGGCCACGGCGCUAACGACAUCCGCCGGCAGCCGCCGCCAGCAUCGCUAUCGACCACGCAAACUGAUUAAGUCCGAUGACGAGGACGAUGACAGCAACAGCGAGAAGGAUGCUAUGCCAUCCACGGAGCAGCAGCAGCAGCAGCAGCAUCAGCCUAGUGGCAGUGGUGGAAAGGCGACAGGCAAGACGGGACAUCAUCAUCAGGCGCGGUAUCCAAAGAACAAUGCUCGGCCGGAGCAAUGCUGUCCGGAGCAGCACACACCGGACAAUGGUCACAAUACCUACGAGAAUAUGCUGAAUCUCAAAUGCUGUAAGCCGGAGAGUAGUGACAGGGACCGGGAUCUGGUGGAUUGCCCAACAGGACAGCGACAGCAUCACCUGCACCAGCAGCAACAGCAGCAGCAGCGGCAGCAGGACAUCUACAUGAAGCAGGCCACCCAGCGGGUCAAGAUGUUGCGGAGGGCGCGGAAACAAAAGUAUCAGGAUCACUGCCUUGAAACGCGUCAGCGGAGCCUCUCGGUGGGCAACGAUUCCAACUGGCAGAAUCGACAUCUGCAGCAGCAACAGCAACAGCAACCACAGGCCUCGCCCGCCCAGCCGCUGAACCACAAGAGUGUCUCGGUAUCCCCACCACCGGGUGGUGCAGGUGGUGGUGGUGGUGGUGUUGGUGGUGAGCUAAUGCUCGAUGGUGUGCAGUUGCGCCAGCCACGCCCCCAAUCCCUCAACCACCACCAGCAGCAGCAACAUCAGCAGCAACAGCAGCAACAACGGAAGUCGGCCGAGUGCUGGAAAUCUGCGUUAAAUCGGAACGAUUUAAUUAGCAUCAUCAGGGAGAGCAUGGAGAAGAAUCGCCUGUGUUUUCAGUUGAAUGGAAAACCCCAAGCCAAUGUGAGUCCCAUACGGCAACCGGCAGCACAACAACAACAACAACAACAACAGCAACGCCAACGCUGCAAUACGGGCUCGAAAAUCCCAACGCUAAUUGCCAAUCACAGCCCAGUCGCCCAGCAAUCGCCGCUCAGCUGCAGUCCACCCACGGCGGACACCACCUGCAUUCCAGUGGCAGCAGUCCAACGAGUCAGCGCUGGCCAUCAGCAGCAGCAGCAGCAGCAUCACAGCCACCACGAGCAUCCCCAACCGCACAUCCCCAUCUACCACCAACAGUUGGCCAUUAAUCCAGCCGUUUUGGCCGCCCAGCAAACCCACAAUACGGCCCACAACAAACUGAAUCUAUGUGGCUACGAUUCCUUCCUGCACGCCACCAUCUGUGGUGGCGGUGCAGCCGCCCACUCACCACCACCCACGCCCAGUAAUGUUGCCACCGUUCAGCCCAUACCCAAGAAGAAUCAAAAGAACCUGCUGCAGGGUUACCAGAGACUGGACCAGCAGCAGCAGCAACAGCAGCAAAAGGAACAGAAGGAGCAGCGGAGCAGCAAGGACUACAGGAACUAUGGCAAUCUCAUCUAUGCCAAGCUGAGUGAGCAGCUGCAGCAAAAGGAACGGGAGCAGAGGCGCCACCGACACAAGCAGCAGCAGCAACAAAACCAACUGUUGCAGGAGAAGAACAGGGAGCCGGAGCAGGCGGAUCAGCGUCCACCCUCUAAUUCCAGUUCCGGUGCCUCCAAGAUCUACGGCGAUGCCCUGGAGUGUGCCCAUCUGUUGGCCAGCGAGGAGGAGGACCUGCCACCCAGUCCCCAGUUAACCAGCACACCCAGCAAGGUGGUCAGCACCGAUACCCUCAUCGAUCUGAAUGACGACGUGGGUGAGGCUGUGGCGGAGGCUGUCACGGAGGGUGAACAGCCGCUGGAGGCGGAGGAGGGUCAGGCUCAGGAGGUGGAACUGGACACCAGUGCCUCCAGCUCGAUGAUCCAUCGCUAUGUGCACGAGCACAUCCACCAUCACUAUCACCACUUCAAGGAGCAGCAGGAUGUCUAGGCUAAGAAGAGAGAGGGAAACGCACCACACACUAUGAACUAUUUGAAUGUUGCUUAUGUUUUCAAUCUAUUGAUUAAUGUAGCGCCAAUUGUAAUUUAAAGUUAGCCUUUAUCAAACUACAAGACAAGAUAAUAUUCGAAAAGACGAUAUUAAGGGGCCGCAAGAAGCGAGAGGGAGCAAUGAGUUUGAAAUCAGAGUUAUCCUUUGCUAAUCGUAAUGUCUCUGGAAUCUAUCAUUAUUUAUGAUUUGCCUACAAAGUAAUUAUAAUAUUAAUAUGUUCAUAUUUAAAGAUAGUUCAAAAACGAGUUACUCCAGAAAAUCUUCUGCAACUUCAAACUUAUUGUUCCAAUCUCGCUUCAGACAUCUUCAGAACCAAAUGGAACACUUAAACUCGUUGAAGAUAAAGCUCACUGUAAAAUCUAAUGAUUCCGGUAUAUGUGUAGCCUCUAUAGCUUAUGCAAGAACGAAAGUAAAAUUAAAAUUUAUGCGCCUUUUGCCUUAGCAACAAUUGAAUCGCCGCUUCGCUAUGCUAAUCCACUAGCAACAUGUUGCAGCCACACAUAUCACACUACCGGUAGCCAAGCAGCGCUGGCAACAUGUUGCACCCAAAGCAUUUUGUGUUGCUGUGCGCUGUGUAAACUAAAUGAGGAAACAAAAAAACUAUUGUUUAGUGCAAA